AGGCAAAUUCACGGGACGUGGGCCCACUAAUUCAAAUUGACAGGAAGUCAUUCAUCGUCACCCCAGAGGCACAUUUUUUGCGGGAUUUAAGUGAGAUUGCUACCCAGUCAGCGUGCUGGUAUCAUAGAAUUCUUAGGUCAUGGAGUUCGAGCGAGUGUUGAAGGAAGUUGGCGGCUUCGGUCUUUUCAACAAGACCAUCAUGCUCGGGGCUCUCGUGCUAGCCACGUGGAACACGGCUCUGUGCUAUUUCUUUCACGUGUUCUUGCUCAUCGCACCACCAAGCCAGUGGUGCUUCGUCAACGGCACGUCGCUUGAAGACUUCCCGGAUGCCAGCGUGUUGCCACGGCGACGCUGUCAGAUGGUGAGCUUAUCCAGUGACGGCGUGAAUGCCAGCGUCGCCGACGGCAGUGCUGCGACUUGUACCACAGGAUGGAAGUUCGAUCCUACUGAGUUCUUCACAUCGGUCACAAUGGAGAAUCAGUGGGUAUGCGGCGAAAGCUGGAAAUUGUAUGCUGUCCACACCGCCUAUUGGUCAGGGUCGAUGACCGGUUACUUCGUGUCAGGAUUUCUCGCCGACAAGAUCGGCCGCAAGAAGACAGCCCUGGUACUCAUAGUGGUGGGAUCGACCUGCAAUCUGCUCGGCGCCUUCUUCUCCCAGUUCACUAGUUACACGAUACUCAAGUACUUCACCGCUGCAGGUUCUUACACGGUCACGACCACAGUGUUUGUGCUAGUGAUGGAGUACACCAUAUCUGAAAGGAGGACACUGGUUGCCUUCGUCUGGGCUACCAGCUGGACUGUACUGGCCACGAUGCUGCCCUGGUAUGCGUACCUUGUGCAGAACUGGAGGGUGCUCAUCGUUACAAACGCCUCCAUGAGCGUGUUUCUACUCGUGAUCUUCUGGUGGGUCCCUGAAUCAUCUAGUUGGCUGCUGUCAGUAAACCGCAAGCAAGAAGCCCUUGCCAUCCUCCAGAGAAUUGCGCGUAUUAACGGCAAGGAGGUGUCAGAAGAGCAACUUAAUAAGCUUUUGAAAAAAACAGCCAGCGACGCCCAAAGCCACGCCGUCGAUGAGGAGGCCCCAAGCUUCUGGAAGGGCACCCUGCUCAUGCUCAAGUCACCCAACAUCAGGAAGAUCAUGGUGCUCAUCUACCUCGGCUGGUUUAUAGUUUGCAUGUGCUACAACGUGACCACCCUCGAGCUGGGACGGCUGGGCCUGAACAUAUACUCAACGUACUCCAUAGCCAUCGCGUGCGAGUUUCCUGUGAACGUCAUAUGCAUCUCCUCGCUGGACAAACUUGGACGACGUUGGCCGAACUCCAUCUUUACACUCAUCGGUGGCGCUGUCUGCCUCGCCAUGUGGCUAAUUAGGACCGAGUCGGCCACCUGGACGCUCGUUAUGGCAACCAUGCUUAUCAUGGCAUUCGCCGGCGGCUACAACAUCACGUACCAGCUGGCUUCGGAAGUAUUCCCCACUGCCGUCCGCGGUCGCGCCGUUCUGCUUCAGAGACUGCUCGGAGACGCAGGUGGACUUCUUGGCGCACAAGUCGCCUCCCUGGCUGAACUGGACGAAUAUUUGCCGAUGCUGGUCAUGGGCUGCUUAGCGUUGCUGGGCAGUGUGCUGGUCUUUUUUCUGCCGGAGACAGUAGGCACCGCCAUGCCACAGACCAUUGAGGACGGCGAGCGCUUCGGCCGCGAUCAAGGGCUCUGGUUCUGCCCUCUGUUCACCAGGAAUGCCGAAGAGCCCGCGCAAGAGAAGUUACCAAAGAGAGAGAGGCUAGGGAUCUUCUCCUUCCGCAAGAGUAUGCCGGUUACGGGGCAGCCUGCGGUCAACAAGGCCUUCGAUAAUAACGAAUCUGUUGUGGCAACGAUUUACAACGCCGUUAGGUGAAGGUUUCUGCCUCCACAGCCCGCCGCAGUGGGCAGCAUCUUUACCACUCUGCUCCUAGACGGGGCUGCAAACAUCACUGCCAACCUCGACCCAGCAUUCAGACAUGUCGCGCCGCGUACGUUGACUCUUCGGAGGCACUUUCCCGUGAGUACGACACUGCGCUCUUGUGAGGAACUGUGACUGUGAUAUGCCCAGGUAUCCUCCGCGAAGAAAAAAACGCAUCUCAUAAGUGACAGAAGGAUAUUUGUCAGCGUAGUAGUAUCGACUGUAUUGUGCAUUGUGCCAGCGAAGGUGGUACCAGAAACAACGUGUGCGAGGAGGUGUGGCUGCCCGCCCAAUUGGAUUUCGUGUGUUUUCAGUUACGCUAACAUUAGGGCGAACUUAUUUGUUGUUUUUAGGGGAUCGUAAGGUCCCUUGCUUCUGCUUCGCGGUGAGCGCACGAACUCAAUAAAACAUUUGUUACUUACUCGACGUCUUUGUAAAUUCCCUAUCAUAAGCUUUUUUUUUUUAAUUUAUCGCUCUAUGAACAACCCACAGCCUGUCACGCUAUGGCGUCAGAAUGGGUGUUUACUAUAGCAGUUUCAUAUUCUUUAUUCAACAGAGCGACUGAGCAAUGUAUCAAAAACAAACAAAACAAAAAAGAAAAACAGUAAAAGAAAAAGCAAGAAGUAAGAUUACACAUGCUGGGUUAGGUAGUGAAACUCCGGAUAGGUAUCAUAGCCCCGGCCAGGUAUCCGGUCAGGUAGCAUGUGCAAUAUACAGUGUGCUGUGUCGGCCUCGUUUGAGCGUUUAUACACAGACGAAGCGCUGUCAGAACAGUCGCGAUCUGAGCAGUGAUGGGGCAAAAAGCAAGGCCCAGUGAAUAAGGAUUAG